AUGGCCGAACUUGGUCUAGCAGUCGUUGGGGCCAUCACGGCCCCAGACCUUUGCAUCAAGUAUGGCAAGAGGCUCUUACAGGCCUGUGCCGCGUUCAGAAACGCCGAGGGCGAGCUUCACGAACGUAUUCUGUCCGUCGAGGCGAGCUGGAUGCAGACGGCUCUCGGGCUGGAUUUUGUGAAGAGCGUGGAGAGCGUCAUGAACGAGGAUCAUCGGACGAUGCACUACCGGAUUCUGGACAUGGUUUUUACCAAGCUCAAAAGGGUCAUACUCAUUCUGGAGGGGCUCUUGAAGAAGCCCACCAAGAUGGACGAAGCCGGGGAAGACGAAGAUGCAAGGCUGGCGGUGAGAAAGGGAAAGUAUGUUUUUGUCAAGUCAUCUCUUGAUGAGGCUAUCGAAGAACUCGAGCAGUGGCAGAGGAAAGUGGAGUCGUCACUUUUCUUGAUCAUGCGGAUAAUGGACAAUCAAGUCGACACCGAACUUGUGCGUAUGCGCCGAGAAACCAGCAUCGUGGCCUCGAUCCCAUCUGCCAUGGUAAUUAGAGAUGGUCUGAGGGAUGAUCAGAGGCAGUAUGGCCUGCAAGUCUUUCUCAAGAAAAGUGAGCUCGACGCUAUGGCCAGGACGACUUUGCCAUUCUGCAAUGCCGUGUUGGGCCAGAGAGCGGGAUCCAGCAAGCAACUGAUCCUCAAUCAGAUCGAGUGCUCUCUCGGAACCAGCGUCGAGAUCGUGAAGAAGGACGUACGGGACCUAGCCAGGAAAUUACGCCACAGAACCCCGCAGACCUUUGGCCUCUUAACAUGCAAAGGCGUCGUCAAAGAUGAAACAAAGAUUGGACCUUUAUCGGAGGCGUCCUUUACGCUAGUCUUCGAGAAGCCCGAAGGCCUCACCGACCCCCGCAGCCUCCGGCACCUCCUCACAGCCGGGUCUGCACCCUGCUCGAUGUCUGAGAAGCUCGAUAUCGCGCGCGAGCUGGCCAAGUCCGUCAGCUAUGUGCACACAUUCGGCUUCGUUCACAAGAAUAUCCGACCGGAGACCGUGCUUACCUUCGCGGGUGCCAAAACGGUCAGGAGGUCUACGUUCCUGGUUGGCUUCGACAACUUUCGCAGGGAGGAUGGCCGCACAUAUCUCCGUAACGACGGUGACUGGACAAAAGACUUAUACCGGCAUCCUAAUCGCCAAGGACCAACGCCACGGGACGACUACAUCAUGCAGCACGACAUCUUCAGUCUUGGGGUAUGCCUGCUCGAGAUUGGGUUGUGGCGGUCCUUCGUCCGCUAUGACUCGAAUUGCGGACAUCCUAUUCCGUUAGAAGCUUUGGGCCUUAUCAGCGGUGGUGUCCACAUAGAAUACCCAGCAGCCUUAAAGGAGAAACUCGUGGAGAUGGCUCACAACGAAUUGCCAGCAUGCAUGGGGUCAAGAUAUGCUCAAGUCGUCCACACGUGCCUGACUUGUCUUGAUCCGAACAACGUUGGUUUUGGACAUGAGGUGGAGUUUCAAGACGAAGAUGGUAUUCGCAUUGGAGUCAGGUACAUGGAGAAGGGAAGCUACAGCCCAAGGUUCAUAAAGGACGCGCUGCUAACAGUCAGUUGGUUCUGCUCCGGCUAG